AUGGAUCGCCCGCCACAUCUCGACAUCGACCUCAACGAGCCACCCCCGCCGUCGCCACCGCCGGCGGUUCACCAGCCGCCCCCGCACGAGUUCGCUGCCGCCAUCCCAAUUGUUGCUCCUCCUCCGCCGCCGCUGCCGCCACCCCAGCUCCCGCCUCCCGCCAACGUGCAGGCCCACCUGCUGCUGCCGCACCAUGCCCGCGAGCUAGCGCUGGCGUACCACCGUGCGGAAUCCUGGAGGUUAGCUGCUGCUACGGCCAGUGCGCCCGCGACCGCUGGUUCUUCGCUGGAGGUGCCGCCACCGCCGGUUCUCCAGUCGCCCGCUUUUGCUCCUCCGCCGCUGCGGCCGCCGGUUCUCCGGUCGCCCGCUUUUGCUCCUCCGCCGCUGCGGCCACCGGUUCUCCGGUCGCCCGCUUUUGCUCCUCCGCCGCUGCCGCCGCCGGUUCUCCAGUCGCCCCCUUUUGCUCCUCCGCUGCCGCCGCCACGGCCACCCCAGCUCCCGCCUCCCGCCAACGUGCAGACUCAGCUGCUGCUCACGCACCAAGCCGGCGAGAUACCGCUGGCGUACCACCGUGGGGAACUGUGGUGGAGGUCGGCCAUUGCGGCCGCGACGGCAGGUUCGUCGGCGGAGGGGCUACCUCCAGCGCCGGUGCAGCACCCGGAAGUACCGGGGUGGGGCGGGAACCCGUGCGCGUCCUGCGGCCUCCCCGAGCUGCCGGGGGCAACCGUCAUCUGCGACGCCUGCGAACGUGGGUUCCACCAAGCCUGCAUCGACGUCGUGCGGCAGCCUCCGGCGGCCAUGGACGAAGACUGGAUGUGCCCGGAGUGUGCGACAGGACCCGUGCCGCUCGACAUCACCAGGCAGUUAUCGGCGGCUAUCUCCAGCUCGACUCCAGCCAACACCGGAAGGGGUGAUGUCAGCCACGCCAUCGGCAACGGCGGCAAGUCAACCACCAGAGUACGAGUUGCUGAUGGAGCUCAUUUGACUGAAGUGGCUACUCCACAUUUUGAGGGGCUGCAGUUGAAUAAUACAACUCCUUAUGAUGGGAAUCACUUUAUGCCAGCAUCUGGUCUUCCUCAUUGCUUUAACAUGAGACAGCAAUUUCCUCCUGUGGAUCAAAACUUCAUUGCUGAUGGAAACAUAGAACGGAGCUCAAAUCAUACAUAUUGCAGGAGAAGAGAUUUUCCACAAAAAUCAGCAUUUCGCAAGUUUUCUGAGAAGCACGAGUUUGGAAGUUCUAGUACUUUUAUGGAGCCAUCAUUUUUUACGAAAGCAACAGACCCGAGUUGUAAGGAAGAAAUAAAUCAACCAAAGCCUCCAAAAUUUCUUGCGGAAAAUUGCAACCAUCAAGCACAUCAUGGCAGUGUUGGCCUACCUGUUCAAUAUCAGGAUUUCUUUAUAACUAGCUUGGGAGAAAUCGAUAAACAGGCAAGCUACCACAAUUGCCAUCAGAUAUGGCCAGUGGGUUUUACAUCUUACUGGCAUGAUAGAGUCACGGGUUCACUGUUUGAGUGUGAGGUGUGUGAUGGAGGGAGUUUUGCGCCUUUGUUUAAGGUCAGAAGGUUACCAUGUUCAGUGUUCCCCCUUCCAGAAGCAUCGACCAUUCUCUCCCAUAAUGGUGCAAGAAAGGCCGCUGAAACAAAGGAAAGUAGCAGUUUUAUUGGAGAUACUGCUAAUGAUAUGGAUGAUGAUCUUUAUAUGAUGAUGAAUAUUCCCUCUGAGACCAACCAAGAUUUCCUAUCAUGUCUUACCAAUGAUACGGAGGAUAAAAGGACUUCUUUGGAUUGCAAUGAUGUACAGAGUUCAAAUAUGAUGUCACAAAUACUACCUUCAAAUUCUGAGAAUGUUCCACCAAGUAAAGAAGCAAAUAUUAAUGACCAAAUUGGUGAGUUUACAUUUGAGGGAACAUCAUCCUCUUCAGUAUGGGGGAUGAUUUCUUCUGCUAUGGUGGAAGCUUGUGAAAAAAUGUACAAGGAACAUGGGCAUCUGGUAUUCUCAUGCACACACAACAGCGAAAAUCAUUUGUUAAACAAGGGGAGUGGAUGUCAGAACUUUGAUGGUCCUUACGCUCCCUUAACUAGAUUUUGCUCAUCCAAUGGCCCCAGUAUACCACGAGUUACAGAAAAGAAGAAUGAUGUGGAAGCUACUUAUACAUUACUGAAGCAUUGGCUAUACCAUGAUAGAAUUGGGCUUGAUUUGGAAUUUGUUCAAGAAAUUGUGGAGUCUCUUCCUAGAUCCAGGUCUUGCAUAAACUACCAGUUCUUGUGCAAUAGGACAGAAUUUCAUUCUUCUGUGACAGUUGCAAGUGGUUUACUUUUAUCUGUGCAUAAAGAUGGUCAAAGUAAUGUAGAUACGCCAUAUGGUAGACAUGGUGCGGUGACUGGGCUACAUGAUGAUGCUCAACCCAGCGGUUCUAGCAUCCGCAAGCUACCUCUGGGACGUCCUAUUAGCCGUAAGCUUCAACCAGAAUCGGCGGCAGAUGUUCUCCAGAUAUGGGAGUUCUUGGGGCGCUUUGGUGAAAUCAUUGAUCUCAAAGAAGUGCCUUCAUAUGAACAAUUAGAGGAUGAACUUGCUGACCCAUGGCCAAUUUGUGCAAGUCAGGAAGAAACAUUGUCAAAGGGCAUUCAACAAUGUAGGGAUUACUCUUCACCAAUGAAUCCCCCUAUAAAUGCUUCUAUAUCACAUUCAAAUAGUGAAUCUGGUCUCUCCAAUAAUGAAGAGACUGUGUCUGUAUUUAUUCCUGUUGAAACUUCCUCUAUGAAGGAAGCUCGUCUAGAUAAAUUGGCAGCCCAGACACUUGGGAGGUGCACUGGUACAAUAUUGCCAGGGGUUCAUCUUGCACUCAUUAAGGUUCUUUUUGGUGAGGUAUUAUCAAAGCUGAACAUUGACCCCAAAGAAUCAAAACCCAGGCGCGGAAGAAAGAAGGACACUGAGAGCCUUGUUUCAACAAAGGAAUUUAACUUUGAUAUGCUAACUGCUAACAAGUUGACUUGGCCAGAGUUGACUAGAAGGUAUAUGUCAGCUAUUUCAUCCAUAAAUGGAUGCAUGGAUGUGUCUGAUAUUUCCAGUCGAGAAGGGGUGAAGUUAUUCCGCUGCCUACACGGUGAUGGUGGCAUACUGUGUGGAGCAGUACCUGGGGUUGCCGGCAUGGAGAAGGAUGCCCUGCUGCUUCUGGAGGCGGAGAAUUUGAUAUGCAGUUCUCUAUCAAGUGAAGGAAACAAGGUUUUUAUGAUGGAUUACAAGUAUUCUGCUGAGUUGCCUAUUGCUGAUAAUAGAACAUUGCCAGAUUGGGCAGAAGUACUAGAGCCUGUGAGAAAAUUACCGACAAAUGUGGGAACGAGAAUUAGAAAUUGUGUUUAUGAAGCUUUGGACCGAAAACCACCAGAAUGGGCAAGGAAAAUUUUGGAACAUUCGAUAAGUAAAGAGGUCUACAAGGCUAAUGCAUCUGGACGAACCAAGAAAGCUGUUUUAUCUGUGUUGUCAGAGGCAUGCUGUGUAACAGUGCCACAAAAACCUGAAAAACCAAGAAAUGAAAGGGAAACUAUUUCCAUCUCAGAGGUUAUCUUGAAGAAGUGUCGUAUUGCUCUGCGCCAUGCCAUUUCCUCAGAUGAAUAUAAGAUUUUGGGGAAUCUGCUUGGAACUAUUCUAGUGAACUCUAAUGAGUAUGAGGAUGAGGGCAUCCUUGGAUUUUCUGGUAUGGUGCCACGCCCUUUGGACUUCCGCACAAUUGAUAUAAGGUUGGCUAUAGGAGCUUACUGUGGAUCUUGGGAGACAUUUUUUGAGGAUGUGCAAGAGGUAAUAUGCAAUCUGCACACUGCAUGUGCUGAUCGAACGGAUCUAAUGGAAAUGGUACUAGAAUUCUCUAAGAUUUUUGAACUACAUAAGACAGAGGUGCUCGACCUUGUUCGGAAAUUUGAUUGCUACCUGUCUAGUGAGAAUACUGGUUCAGAAAUCCAUAGGGAGCUACAGGAUAUUCUGACAGCAACGACCAAAUUACCUAAAGCUCCAUGGGAGUAUGGUAUUUGCAAAGUAUGUGGCAUUGAUAGAGACGACCACAUUGUUCUCUUGUGUGAUGACUGCGACGCGGAGUACCAUACUUAUUGCCUGAAUCCACCACUAGCUUGUAUACCACUAGGAGACUGGUUCUGCCCAUCAUGCAUGUUAAAGCCAGAGAGAUCACAUCUUGACCAGGGCGCUCAGGAUUUUAAGCGACAACGAAAAGGAGCAAAGUCUCGUGCAUUUCACCGAAAACCAUCAUGCAUGUCAGCUCAAAGGAAAUCACAUCUUGACCAUUCUGUUCAGGAUUUGAAACCACAACGGAAAGGACCCUAUCAUGACAUGCUUAUUAAGUUAGCUCCAGCAGUGGCACAAAAGGAGUACUGGGAGCUUAGCACACAAGAGAGAAUAGAUAUGCUGAAAUUUCUUUGUGAUGAAAUGCUCAACACAGUCCUGAUAAGACAACAUAUAGAAAAAUGUCCAGAUAAGUUCAAUGAUCUCCAGAAGAAGUUUUAUGCUUUGAAUUAUGAAUUGAAGGAUUUGAAAGAUAAGGAGGAAAUGAGGACUUCAUAUGGUGAAAUGGAUACUUUAUCGGACCAGAUUUCAAAAGUGCAGGAGUCAAUUGGCACAGUAGAGUCAGAGCUUAAUAUGGCAUCCCUGAGAAGAGAUUUUCUGGGAAAGGAUUCCUUGGGUCGACUGUACUGGGUGUUAGGACGAUCUGGUAAACGUCCUUUACUGGUCGCUGAUGGAAGCAUGCUGAUAAGCAAGGAGAGGGACCCAGCAUCUACUUCUGAUUGUAAAGGGUGGAAUUCUGCGUCUGUCGUUGUUUAUGAAUCGGAUGAAGAAAUCCGUGGCCUUGUUGACUGGCUAAGGGAAUACGAUCCAAGGGAGAAGGAGCUGAAACGUGCUAUCCAGCAGUGGCAGUGGCAGCGGCAGAGGCAUCUUCAUCACCAGCUGGGUAAUUUCGUUCUCAGUGAUCCUCCAGUAUCAUCCAAGGGGUCGUCGAACGGCAGCGAGCAGCAGCUUAUGGAACUUCCCGGUACCAAGGCUGCAGCAAUUUUGGAGAAAACAUGUCGGUGUGACUGCUUGGAGCCUAUACGGCCUGCUCGGCGCCACUGCAUAGCAUGUCACGAAACUUACUUUACGUCAACUGAGUAUGAAGAGCAUGCUGGAAGGUGCAAUGGACAUGUCAACAAGGAGAAGGAUUCUGUUCAUCGUAGCUCCACCUCUGAGUCCACAAAACCGAUGAAGUCAUGCCCAUAUGACUUUGAAGUGAUUUGCAGAAAAUUUGUCACCAAUGAUUCAAACAAGGAGAUAGUGAAGGAUAUUGGACUUAUUGGAUCAAACGGAGUUCCGUCUUUUGUCCCUUCACGUGCAGCUUUUAUUGAUCCUCCAGUAAUUCUGAAUAAAAACAAAAGGCAAGAUGACAUCCCAAAUGAUGAUUGUGUUUCCAGCUCCUUAGAAGAAUGCCAGGCAAUGUCUGCACAAAAGUUAGGGCAGGAGGGGUCCAAUUCUGCUCAAGAUUGUCCUGCGGCUACUACUUCCUGUGAUGAAAAUGUGUCAAAAACUAAGGAGCCAGCCACUGAUACUGAUACUACUUCCUGUGAGGAAGCAGCAUCUUCUGCAACAGACAAGCCAACAAGAUUGCUGGCUGUUAACGGUGGCUUGGUUCCGGAGUCAUCACUGAGGCCGGUUACAGGAAGAAACUCUUAUAUCCUGAAGCAACUAAAGAUAAAUUUGCUUGACAUAGAAGCAGCGUUGCUUGAGGAAGCUUUCAGAGCCUCAAAGUCUCAACAAAUGAGAAGGCAUUCAUGGCGUUCUUUUGUGAAGCGCGCAGAAUCAAUCUCCGAGAUGGUAGUGGCGACCAGCAUGUUGGAGAGAGUGAUAAAAUCCGAGUUCUUGAAGAAUGAUUGGUGGUACUGGUCCUCCUUCACAGUAGCUAUCAAGACCUCAACUCUAUCCUCGCUCGCUCUCAGGAUCUACACUCUUGACGACUGUAUCAUCUACACCAAGGAGCCUAACACCGUGCCACCGGCUGACAGUACAAAGGUUGUGAACAAGGGGGGAAAGGGGAAAGAGCCAGAACCAUCAGCGUCAUAAUUUGCGCCGCUCGAUCCAUUGUAUACCCCAAACUUAGAUGCUCCGCUUUGUUAUGUGCAACAAUGUGAUGCUUUGAUGAUAGACAGUGUCUUUGGUUAUUAUGUGGUCCCUUGAGGCUUUAGAGCUAGCUUUGAUUCUGGUGUUCCUGCAAGGGUGCAACCUUGACCGUUCAUUUUAGU